AUGCGGACGCUGGCUUUUGUCUUGGCGAUGUUGGUGGUGCAAGGGGCCGAGUCGUGCAACGAGGCCCUGUGCGCGCCGGUGGUGAGCAAGUGCAUGAUCACGCAGUCGUGCAAGUGCGAGCUGAGCGUGACGAACGAGUGCACCUGCUGCAAGGACUGCUUCACGUGCCUCGGCGACAAGUACAUGGACUGCUGCUCCUGCAUAGGCAUUUGCCCCAAGAGGAACGCUACCAAUUCGCUGAGCGACCUGAGCAAGCAGAGCAACGUCCAGGACUUCUCGGACGACUACACGGGCCUCUUUAAAUUGUACACUGAGACGCCUGACGAGCUCAUGAGAUGGGUCGUCUUCACUUAUCCAGUGGAAAUCGACACCUCCUCGUUCGUGCCCAAGAUAGAAAAGGAUAUUAAAUAUCAAACAAUUGACAACACGGAGAGAGUGGUGGACAGCAGCAGCAGCAAGGACAGGGUUGUGAUUUUGAACUGCACCGUGGCUUUCCAGCGACAGUGCAUGUCGUUCAUCAAGUGCAGGGACAGCUGCUACACGAUGGGCGCGUCAAGCGUCAGGUGGUUCCACGACGGCUGCUGCGAGUGCGUCGGCGAGUCGUGCAUCAACUACGGCAUCAACGAAAGCAGGUGUCCUGAUUGCCCGGUGAAGAAAGACAACGACGAGGAUGAAGAACCUGGGCUCGGCCUUGCUGAAUCGAGAGAGGGUCUGAUCGACUACGAGGAAGUGACCGACCAGAAAAACGAGCACCUCGAAGACGUCGACGACGAGGAAGAUCCGCAAAAGGACUGA